AUGUCGGUUGCUCUUAUUGUCCGCACCACCGACAUCACCUCGUCGUCCGCCGAGCCCGGAGAAACUAUUCAACAUCUUCAUGCGGUUUCUCCACAGUGGCGGUGUGGUAUGAUUGACGCCGAGACGUUGGCAAUUUUCAUUCCAAUCAAUCAAGUCGUUUUGGGACUCUCUAAAGAAAAAUUUGUGGAUCUUUUGGAGUUUGCUGAGGACAAGCUUGAAGUGCAACGCGUUCUGGCCGUGUUCGAGAAGCCUGACUUGUCGUUAACCGAAGGCUUCCCAAGAACUCUUCGCUACGUCGGCUUCCGCUCGUUGGCUCCAGAAGAGCAUCCAGAGCCGCUUCCAGCUGACAAGUGCUUCAUCAUGUGCUACAAAGUCUAA